AGGCUUGCGAUUGAACUUUCCCGGACUCAGAAAUCACGAGGCAUUUCACCUCCAGACACUCAUCUUAGUCCCCAGAAUGACGAUGGUCCAGAAACAAGAUCAAAGAAACCUGGACAAAGCACUGAGGCACUGCUUGAGAGUGUUGCUGCUCCAGGAUCAGCACGAGAGAGCAAGGAAGAGGAGGAAGAGAAGAUCCAGCAUGAAGACUUUAAUCAUGAGCUCUCUGAUGGGGACUUAGACAUAGACCUUGCUGGAGAAGACGAGGUGAACCACCUCGAUGGUAGCAGCUCUUCCGCUAGUUCAACAGCAACCAGUAACACUGAAGAAAACGAUAUUGAUGAAGAAACUAUGUCUGGUGAAAAUGAUGUGGAAUAUAGCAGUAAUAUGGAGCUGGAAGAAGGAGAUCUCAUGGAGGAUGCAGCAGCUGCUGCUACUCCUGGAGCCAGCCACAGCUACCCCUCUGCAAGUGGACGGCAUUCGAGGCGGGGAGGAAGCGCCCUGGGCUCAACAGCCAGUAGCAGUUUACUAGACAUAGAUCCCUUAAUUUUAAUCCACUUGUUGGAUCUAAAAGACAGAAAUGGGAUGGAAAACCUUUGGGGCCUUCAGCCACGUCCACCUGCCUCUCUUCUGCAGAACAGAGGAUCAUCCUAUUCUAUAAAAGAUCGAGAUCAGCGGAGACACCAGGCGAUGUGGCGUGUGCCACCUGACUUGAAAAUGCUGAAAAGACUUAAGACUCACAUGGCUGAAGUUCAGAGCAAAAUGUCUGAUGUGAAGAACCAGCUGUCAGAAGUGAGAAGCAGCAAUGCUGGCUCGUGUGGGGGACAGCCGACCUUCUUCUCCAUUGAGCAAGGCGCUUUAGCUGCCUGUGGCACAGAAAGCUGCAGCAAGCUGCAAGAAAUAGGAAUGGAACUACUGACCAAGUCUUCUGUUACCAGCUGUUACAUAAGGAAUUCUGCAAGUAAGAAAAGUAAUUCACCGAAACCUGUUCGCUCUGGAGCAGCGGGUAGUAUGUCUUUACGAAGAGCUGUGGACUGUGGGGAGAGCAGUCAUCGGUUAAAGGGAGAUGGUCAGGCUUCUGAAGGUGGCCUCGGGAGCUCCAAGCUGAGCAGCCGGCACCAUUCUGCCCGGCCCCCGGCUGCCAGCAGCGCUGCUGAGGCGCCACCCAAGCCCGAGGAAAGACCUUGUGAAGGUUCAGAUUCCGACGUGGGAGUUUCUGGCUUAAGUGGCUUAGCUGCUGCAGAGAAGACCAGAAAAGUUGGUGCUCUGGGAUCGAAUUCCAAAGGAUGCCGUACAGAAGGCACGCAGUCAGGUGGUCUGGAAAACAACUCCGAACCUGGUGAGCUGCAGAGUGUGCUUUCUGAAGGUGCUUCUGCGGGGCCUGAAGAAGGAAUGAGCAGUGACAGCGACAUUGAAUGUGACACAGAAAAUGAGGAGCAGGAGGAUGCCACCUCUACCUCAGAGGUGUUCAACCACGCCUUCUCGGUCCAGUCCUCAAGUGAAGCCUCGGACCGGUGCUCAGCGUUCCCCGAGGGCGAUCAAGUCGGGCCUGAUGAUCUCAGCUUUGUUACUGGAGAAGACAGCACCAGGUAA